GUCGGAAAGCACGACUUCCGGUCGUAAAGAGAGACGUCGUCUGACGUAAAGUGCAUGUGUCGUAAAAGGGCGUCGUUGUCCACCGCUGCGCUACGAGCUCGGUUGUUUUCAUCAUCGUCAUGGCCUCAGCUCCAGCACAGCAGGCGACCCUGACUGUUGAACAGACCCGAGUGGUGCUGAGCGAGGUGAUCCAGGCCUUCUCGGUGCCGGACAACGCCGCUCGAAUGGAGGAGGCCAGAGAGAGCGCCUGCAACGACAUGGGCAAGAUGCUGCAGCUCGUUCUCCCCGUGGCCACUCAGAUCCAACAGGAGGUGAUCAAAGCCUACGGGUUCAACAACGAGGGAGAGGGUGUCCUGAAAUUUGCCCGACUGGUGAAGAUGUACGAAACCCAGGACCCUGAAAUUGCAGCCAUGUCAGCAAAACUGAAGUCUCUCCUCCUGCCGCCGCUGUCGACGCCGCCUAUAGGGGGCGCCAUCCCUGCGUCCUAGGAACUGUUUAUGUUAACGAUUGGUCAACUGCUUUUUUCUGCUUACUUUCAUUUUAAUGCUUAAUGGAUCUGUGUGUGUGAAUAUACCGUCAAUCCAAGAUCAUCGAAAAGUUUCAAACUACAAUCAUAACACAAAUUAUGUUCAUGAGUUUCAUUUAACGCCCUUGCAUUAUCGUUAAAUUAUUUGGUUUUGAAAUGUUUCAGUAUUUAUUUGUUACAUGUUACACGAUGACCACUCUUAUGUUAUGAACCUUAAACAUUUCCUUUGAUGCCAAUUAUACAUCUUUAUUUUGUACCAUUUUUAUAUAUUCUGUCAAAAGUAUCAAUGUCUUUUUUUCUGUUUUCAUACAGUCGAGUCCAAAACUGUAUAUUAAUAUUAAAAGGUUUUCUGUGAA